AGAGUUUCUAGCCUAAGAAAAUUGUAAACACGACGUGGACUUGGAGUAAUUAUUAGAAUUUAGCCAAAAUAAUGCAACAAAUUGUAGCAAUUCUCUUGCUGGCGCUUGUUUAAAUGGAUUCACCCAUGCAUUUGAUGCCUGGAUGAAAAAUAAAGAAGACAUUCUGGAACAGGGAUAUUGCCUGUUCACCAGUAAUUUCAAGUUAUUUGCAGACUUGGCGGAGCCCUUUUUUUUUGCAUUCGACGAAUUCCAUCUUAAAGAUAUGCAAAAUGCCCCAAAGGAGUUGUAUAAAUGGAAAAUAUUUUCGAUUGCGUUCUCCACGUUAAAAGGGGACUUGCAAAUUGUAUAUCUAAAAGCUAUGACAACAGGAGUAAAUCGACUUGGCUCUGCAUCAAUAAAAGAAGGUGUGGAAAUAGUCCACAACACUCUGUUAAAAAAACCAUCGUUGCACCAUAAAUUGGUUUGUGCAAUAGCUGAUAAAUGUGCAGCGAAUAUGACGGCUAUUAGCUAUCUCCAGAGUAUUCAAUAACCUCUUCAUGGUCCCAAAUUUCAACAAAUCGAACUUCUUGGAAUUAUUGGGGAAAACAAAAGAUCUUGUGGAGAAAAUUGUGCCAGAAGAAUUGCAGCACAGAUAUUUUGAUGAGAUUCUCAGCGUAGAAUGCAUGCUCAAACGACUGUUCAAUGCAUUCCCCCAAUGGAAUAUGCAGCUUUUCUUCUUGAACUCGAACCGCUUUGAGCUAUUGGGAGCGAAGCUGUGCAAUGAAUUGCACUCGGAUGCGGAGGAAGGAUUUUUCAAAAUUAAUGACCUCAAAAAACCACAGAUUGCAAUUAAGUUUAUUGCAUCUCUUACCACUGUAAAGGUCCAUUUAAUAAACCUUGAAUUAAAGAAAAAAAAAUGGAUACAAGAAUUCAACCAGAUGAUGGAUGAAGAAGAAGCCCCCAGACCAUCCAAAAGACCCAAAUGGAACACGGACACGGUGGAGGAGUUCUUUGAAACGCAUUUGGCCAAGGAGGGUGGUGGCAAGAGCUCGUACAGUGUGGUAGAGGAUGCCGACGACGACGAGGAGGAGGAUUACUUGCGUACCAACAGGAUCUGAAAUAAGCAUUCCCUAAAAUAGGUAGAUUAAUAAAAUUCUCAAAACUCCAACAUGAAGUACUAGAUGUUUUUUUGAAUUUAAUAAGAUUGUAAAAUUAUGUGAUCUGAAAGGUUAGGAAUAUCAUUUUAAUUAAAUUAUUAAAUUAAAGUAAUUAAAGAAUUUCCCAUCAAAA